GUGGUUAUUAGAGAAGUGAAUCUCCAAGAAAUAAAGAUGAGUAAGAGCAAAGAUGAUGCUCCUCAUGAACUAGAGAGCCAGUUUAUCUUACGGCUACCCCCAGAAUUUGCCUCUACUGUGAGGCGGGCAGUACAGUCUGGUCAUGUGAACCUGAAGGACAGACUUUCUAUUGAAAUGCACCCUGAUGGGCGUCAUGGAAUUGUCAGAGUGGACCGGGUCCCACUGGCCUCAAAAUUGGUAGAUAUGCCGUGUGUUAUGGAAAGCCUGAAAACCAUUGAUAAAAAAACCUUUUACAAGACAGCUGAUAUCUGUCAGAUGCUUGUCUGCACAGUUGAUGGUGAUCUCUAUCCGCCUGUGGAGGAACCAGUUGCUACUGCUGAUCCCAAAGCAAGCAAGAAAAAGGAUAAGGAUAAAGAGAAAAAGUUUGUAUGGAACCAUGGGCUUACCAUGCCUCUAAAAAAUGUCAGAAAGAGAAGGUUCCGGAAGACAGCAAAAAAGAAGUACAUUGAAUCUCCAGAUGUGGAAAAAGAAGUGAAGCGGUUGCUGAGUACAGAUGCCGAAGCUGUCAGUACUCGUUGGGAAAUAAUUGCUGAAGAUGAAACAAAAGAAACAGAAAAUCAAGGCCUUGAUAUCUCUUCUCCAGGAAUGUCUGGCCACAGGCAGGGUCGUGACUCACUAGAGCAUGAUGAGCUUCGGGAGAUAUUCAAUGACCUCAGCAGCAGCAGUGAAGAUGAAGAUGAGACACAGCAUCAGGAUGAAGAAGAUAUAAACAUCAUUGACACUGAGGAGGAUCUGGUAAGACAGCUACAGGACAAGCUAAAAUCAGAUGAACAGCACCAAGAAAAGGAGGGAACAAGUCAACUGGUUAUGGGAAUUCAGAAACAGAUUGAUAACAUCAAAGGCAAGCUCCAAGAGACCCAAGAAAGGGCAAAACGCCAGGAGGAUCUCAUCAUGAAAGUGGAAAACCUGGCUCUCAAAAACAGGUUUCAGGCUGUGCUGGAUGAACUCAAACAAAAGGAAGACCGAGAAAAGGAGCAGCUCAGCUCUCUGCAAGAAGAGCUAGAGUCACUCCUAGAGAGUGAGAAGAGCUUUCAUACUUAAUUUCAUUCCUUAGACUGAUCACCAUCAAAAGAAAAAUCUUGACUUCAUCACCUGGUCUAAGAAUUAAAACUUUGCAGUAGUCCCCCAUUUCCUCCACUGCCUUUUAUUGAGUUUGUUUUAUAGAUAAAUGUGAAUUGUUUACUCCUUUCAGAACCACUUUGCUAGGUGUUUAUCCUCUAAUAAGCAGAAUAUAUAGACAGAUAAAUGAUUAUAGGAGAGUUGUAGGAUUAUGGAAUGAACAGUUCAACCUUAGUAAUCACAGGUUCACUGCAGGGCUUUGUUCUGUUUUUCCAUUUGCCAGAAGCGACUGUUGCUGCUCUUAAAUCAGCAUAGUCUAGUCUGCAGUCAUUGAAGCUAGUUUACAUAGUUUUCCUAUAGUAGCUAUUUUCCACAUGUAAGAUUGUAAGUCAUUUCUUAAACUUGUGUUGAAAUAGUAAAUAAAGGUAAUUUUCACCUAAA